UUUAGUCCCUGGGUCGGUCUGUCCUGCGGGGAGUAAUUCCUGUCCACCCUUAAGCACUCAGCCAGCCUGCCGCGCAUCUGCCCUUCUCUCCAGACUCCGCCCCGCAUCUGUGCGGAACCGCCUCGCGUCUGAGCUGACCCAGUGCGCGUCUGCCAGUCAGUCCCUCCGGACCCGCCGCGAGUCUCGGGCUGCCGAAAUCACCGCGCGUCACUCGCCUCAACAGUGAUUCUGAGUCUGCUUUUAGCUUCCUUCGCCUUGGCUUUUUUUCUGUUUGUGAACAGCUGCUUGGCCCAUAGCUUAGGAAAAGCAGCCUUUUUUUUUUUUUUUUUUUUUUUUUUUUUUUAACUCUCCUGAGAGAGCCUCCUUCCUGUGCUCAGAGAGAUGGGGAGUGGGGAGCCUAAUCCUGCUGGCAAGAAAAAGAAGUACCUCAAGGCUGCCCUGUAUGUGGGUGACUUGGCCCCAGAUGUCACGGAGGACAUGUUAUAUAAAAAGUUCAGGCCUGCUGGCCCUCUGCGCUUCACCCGCAUCUGCCGUGACCCGGUGACCCGCAGCCCCUUGGGCUAUGGCUAUGUUAACUUCCGAUUCCCUGCAGAUGCUGAGUGGGCCCUGAACACCAUGAAUUUUGAUUUGAUUAACGGCAAACCAUUCCGCCUAAUGUGGUCUCAGCCAGAUGACCGCUUAAGAAAGUCUGGAGUCGGAAAUAUAUUCAUCAAAAACCUGGACAAAUCCAUAGACAACAGGGCCCUUUUUUAUUUAUUUUCCGCAUUUGGGAACAUUCUCUCUUGCAAAGUCGUGUGCGAUGACAACGGCUCCAAGGGUUAUGCCUAUGUGCACUUUGACAGCCUGGCCGCUGCCAACAGGGCCAUCUGGCACAUGAACGGAGUGCGGCUCAACAACCGCCAGGUAUACGUUGGCAGAUUCAAAUUUCCGGAAGAGCGGGCAGCUGAAGUUAGAACUAGGGAUAGGGCAACUUUCACCAAUGUUUUUGUUAAAAACUUUGGCGAGGACAUGGAUGACGACAAACUGAAGGAAAUCUUCAGUGAGUAUGGGCCAACCGAGAGUGUUAAGGUAAUUAGAGAUGCCAGUGGGAAAUCAAAAGGCUUUGGAUUUGUGAGGUAUGAGACACAUGAGGCUGCCCAAAAGGCUGUGUUAGACCUACAUGGAAAGUCCAUUGAUGGUAAAGUCUUGUAUGUGGGGCGAGCGCAGAAGAAAAUUGAACGUCUGGCCGAGUUAAGGCGAAGGUUUGAGCGUCUGAGAUUAAAAGAAAAGAGUCGGCCUCCGGGGGUACCUAUCUAUAUUAAGAACCUGGAUGAGACCAUCGAUGAUGAAAAACUGAAGGAGCAAUUUUCUUCCUUUGGGUCAAUUACCCGGGCCAAAGUGAUGGUGGAAGUGGGGCAAGGCAAAGGGUUUGGUGUCGUCUGUUUCUCCUCUUUUGAAGAGGCCACCAAAGCAGUAGAUGAGAUGAAUGGUCGUGUAGUGGGCUCCAAGCCCCUGCAUGUCACCCUGGGCCAGGCCAGGCGCAGGUGGUGAGACACGAAGAAUGCUCAGUUUGUCUCAGCCUUAAGCUGGUGCCUACUUAGUUUGGGCUACUUUGUGAUAAGAGCUUAUUUUAUGCCAAUUCACAGGUUUGUUUGGUUUUUUUAUUAAGUGAAUACUUUCUUUUGAAAAAAAAAGUGAAAGGAACUAGAAAACCUUGUUCAUUUUAGUGAAGAACAUAAUUUCUAAUUGUAAAACUGUCACUUUGUACUAUUUUCGAUAUAAUAUCCUUAGGACUAUGUAGAAUAAAGUUUAUCCUCCCCCCCCUUUUUUUUUUCUAAACCAAUCAAGGUGAAGUAAUAGAGUAUAUUUCCUUCCUUAUUUCAAUAAUACUACUAAAUUUACUUUCUUCAAUGACAAUAUCCUCAAAAUGGUUCUUACUUCUGAAUCUACACAGUGAAAACUUCUAUCUUACUUUUUAAGAAAUCAGUAGAGCAGGGGAAAGUGUAUAUGAUCCAGUAAAUAUUUGUGUAUAAUAUCACUUUAAAUUAUUAUUUAAAAUGAAAAUUCUUUUUGAAAGAUGUGAGCUUGCUUUCUUCCUUUUAUUUAUUUAUAUAUUAUUUCUUUCUUUAAUAUAUUGUGGGCAUACCAUAGACUUGAUAGUGGCUUUGACCAAGUGUUGAGAGUUUUCUUUAUUAAUUUCAUGCCCAGAGAAAUAAGCAUAUUGGUGUUUCCUCAGUGAGUACCUUAGAAAAUGAACACUUUAGGCAUUGGUUAGUUAGAUUCCAAGUUUCAUUAAAAACCUUUCCUGAGAGGUUUGAUAUUUGAAGACAGUCUAACGAGAAGUCUUAAGACAGUCUAAGGAGAAGUCUUAUCUCUCAUUUUGCUAAGCUCCUUAGUAGCUAUACUUGUAUCGCGUUUAACAAGAAUGGUGAAUAACAGCACUGAAUUGCUUUUGUUUAUAGAUAACUUCAGUAUUACCUUCAGCCUUUGUUAAGUGUCAAUAAGGGUCAAUAUAAAAGGAAAAUAAUCCAUGUAAUUAUGUUGAAAACUACUUUUGAAGUACAUCUUCUAUUAAACUUGUCAUUAUAUAUUGUAAAUUGUUGAAUAUAUCCAUGAGAUAAUAUUCACAGUUGUUUCAAAAUUAAAGAAAAGCUUGCCUCUCUUGAUUAAAUCACAUACCUGCAUCUAUCAUAUGAGAGCUAUUAAUCCAUUAUGGUUCUUUUUUGUCCAACUGCUUGGAAUUUGUGACAAAAUGUUCUAUAUUGCAGUUGUGUUAUUUAUCCUGUAAUUUGUACAUUACAGAUUUUCCGUAUUCCACUUCCCCCUUCUCCACACCCACCACCUUCCAUCCAUAUUACAUUUACUUUUAUGUUUUCUUUGGGUUGCUUUUCUUUUUAUAUAUAUGCCAUUCAAAUCCAUUUUGGAAUUAGAGAAAUAAAUGCCCACUUUAUGUAAAAUUUAAAUAAUUAUUUUUUAAAAAAUAGGAUUCACUCAUACCACAGAUACAAGCAUAAGAAAACGUUUUGCCUCUAUCUCAGUGUUUAUUAUUUUAUAUAGAAAUCUUUGGUUUCAUACAUAAUACAAUAUAAAUAUACAAUUUUGUUAACACUUUUAUUGGCUACUUGCCCAUAAAAUGAUGAGAAUAAAUCAUCCCUAUGUAUUGUUUAUCUACAAAUUGCUUGUAUAUUCAUUAUCAAAUAUUUCAGAUGCUUUUAUUGAUUAUAAACAUAAUACAUACUCCUUGUAAAAAAAAGUACACAAUGCAGAAAUUUAUAAAGAAGGAAGUAAAAUUCCCAGAGUUCAGAAAUAACCACUAUUAAUUUUUUAAUUGUGUGCAUUAGUAUUUUAAGUGCGUACAUAUCCUUCCAUGCUUUUUUUCCCAUGUAUACACACACUGUUUUACAGACAAAAAGAAACAUACUAUAUGUACUGUUAAUAUUUUUUAUUUUAAACUAAAACAUAAUAAUCUUUUCAUGUCAAUAAAUACCAAUCUGUACCAUAAACUAGUGACUGCAUAGUAUUCCAUUGUGUGGAUGUACUAUCACUUAUCUAAGUAGUUCAUUAUUGAAUGAGAUUUAUAUGUUUUUCAAUGUUUUCUACAUUCGUAAACAAUGCUGUGAUGAACAUCCUUGCUUAAAACAGUAUGAGUUAUAUAAGCUUAAUAAAAAAUAUCUAUGGCAUGUAAAAGCUUAAAUCUACUAGAAAAAUAAAAAUACACA